CGCUAGCUUCAAAGUACAAAGUAUCAACUCUUCUCAUCAGUCUGACUGAAACUCUUCACUCCCACCGCAGUCACUCUCCAUCUACCCCCCAUCCCAAUCCAAAAAAGAAAAAAAAAAAUGCAGCUCCUCCUCUUGCUACUCCUCCACCUCCACCUCCAAAUCCACACAACUCACUCAGCCCACAUCCCAGAAUACAAAGCACUUCUCUCGGCAAAGUCCCUCAUAGACGACCCACAAUCGGCCCUUUCAUCAUGGAACGCCACCACCAACCACUGCACGUGGAGGGGCGUCACGUGCAGCGACACCACUCACCGUCACGUGACAUCUCUUGACCUCUCCGGUCUCAACCUCUCCGGCACUCUCUCCCCUGACCUCGCCCACCUCCGCUUCGUUUCGAACCUCACCGUCGCCUCUAACCGACUCUCCGGCCCCAUUCCUCCGCAGCUCUCUUCUCUCUCGGCUCUCCGCUACCUCAACCUCUCCAACAACAUUUUCAACGGCACUUUCCCAACCCAACUCGCUUCCCUCAAGAACCUCCAAGUCCUCGAUCUCUACGACAACAACAUGACCGGUGAGUUGCCUCUCACUGUCGUUGAAAUGCCUAACCUCCGCCAUUUGCAUCUCGGCGGGAACUAUUUCACCGGUCAGAUCCCGACCCAGUACGGACAAUGGCAGUUUAUUGAGUAUUUGGCCGUUUCCGGCAACGAACUAAACGGCACUAUACCUGCCGAGAUCGGAAACUUGACGACCCUGCGUGAGCUUUACCUUGGAUACUUCAAUGCCUACGAGGGAGGCAUUCCCGCCGAGAUCGGAAACCUGUCGGAGCUUGUUCGUAUCGACGCCGCAAACUGUGGGUUAACCGGAGAGAUACCACCGGAGAUUGGAAAGCUACAGAAGCUCGACACUCUGUUUUUGCAAGUGAAUGCGCUUUCGGGGUCUUUGACGGUGGAGCUUGGGAAUUUGGCGUGCUUGAAAUUCAUGGACUUGUCGUGCAACAUGCUCACGGGUGAAAUUCCAUCCUCGUUUGCUCAGCUGAAGAAGAUGACGCUGUUGCACUUGUUUCGCAACAAGCUUCACGGUGCUAUUCCGGACUUUAUCGGAGACUUUCCGGCGCUCGAGAAUUUAGAGUUGUGGGCAAACAACUUUACUGGUACCAUUCCAUCCUCAAUUUCCAAAUGUCAGAAUCUCGAGAGGCUUGAUUUGUCUUCUAACAAUUUGACUGGGAAUAUUCCCAAAAGAAUCUUUCAGCUCAAGAAGCUGAAAUUUCUCUUGCUUUUCUCAAACGAUUUAUCUGGCGAAAUACCAGAAAAUUUUGGAAAUUGUUCGUCUUUGAUUCGGUUUCGAGUUAAUGAUAACAAGAUUACUGGGCCAAUACCGAGAGAGAUUGGGAACUUGGAAAAUCUAGAUACCUUGGAUCUCAGUUUGAAUCAAAUUUCGGGAAAUGUACCUGCCGAGAUCUUAGGCUGCCGAAACUUGACAUAUCUCAGUUUGCAUUCUAAUUUGAUCACCGGAAACUUUCCUGGUAAGUUAAGCCGCCUUGUUUUGUUGCAGUUUGUUGAUUUUUCAGAUAAUUUUAUUGAAGGGACUUGGCCACUUCAUGUACUUCCACGGCAGAUUGUUUUCUUUUCAAUCUCAAGGAACAAUUUAAGUGGAGAGAUCCCUUCCUUGAUUUGCAAUCUCAAUUUUGUUAAGUACCUUGAUUUCUCUCAUAAUCAUUUUAGCAUGAUUCCUCCAUGUUUGGGAAAUAUGAGUGAUCUCAUGUAUUUGGGACUGCGAAAUAACAAUUUUCAUGGCACCAUCCCAAAAUUUGUAAAGUGUGGUAACUUGAGAAGUCUUAAACUUGCCAACAAUCAAUUAGAAGGGUCAUUGCCACGUUCAUUAGUCAAUUGCAAGAAAUUAGAAAUUCUAGACGUCGCUAACAACAAGCUUAACGACACAUUCCCUCAUUGGUUGGUAAAUCUUCUAGAGUUACGGGUUCUCUUAUUGCGAUCAAACAACUUUCAUGGCUCCAUAGGCAAUCACAAGACUAAAUUUUCAUUUCCUAAUUUGGGAGUUAUAGACCUCUCUCACAAUAUGUUCCGUGGUCAUUUGCCAUCAAACCUUUUCAAAUAUUUAUCAGCCAUGAUGAAUGGGAACAUGGAUAAUGAUGGAUUGCAAUAUAUUGGUGAUGAUUAUCAUUUUGUUAUCAAAAGAGGUGAUUAUUAUGAUAAUUAUGCUUCUGUUACAAUUGAUAUUAAAGGGAAUUAUAUUGACAUGGAGAAAAUACUAACUCAAUUGAAAACUAUUGAUUUUUCCAAUAAUAGUUUCAAAGGAGAAAUUCCAAAAGUAAUUGGAAAGCUUGGACCACUCAAAGGGCUAAAUUUUUCACACAAUAAUCUUACAGGUCAUAUACCUAUAUCAUUCGGAAAUUUAACUAAUCUUGAAUGGUUAGAUCUCUCUUCAAACAAGCUCACCGGCAACAUUCCUAUACAAUUGACAGAUCUUACAUCAUUGGAAAUUUUAAACCUUUCAAAAAACCAUCUUGUGGGAUUGAUACCUCAAGGUAAACAAUUCAAUACAUUUACAAAUGCUUCUUAUAGUGAAAACUUGGGUUUAUGUGGAUUUCCAUUGACAAAAACUUGUGGCAAUGAUGAGGGACAACAACCACCACCAUCACCAACCAUCCAAGAAGAUGAUUUUGGGUUUGCAAAUGGAUUUCAUUGGAAAGUUGUAUUGUUGGGGUAUGGAUGUGGUUUCAUGUUCGGAUUAGGUAUGGGAUAUCUUGUGUUCUCAAGUGAAAAAUCAAAAUAUCUCUUGACUAUUAUUUAUGGAGAACGACGCAACAAGGUGCGAAGAUCCAAGAAGAAUGUUCAUGGAAGAAUUAGUUGAAGCAGAAUUUUGCAAAUACAAAUAA